GCAAAACACUGCAGGAUCCAGGUAGCACCGAGUUGGGGGAGGAAUUAAGGGGGCUGUGCCUCCGGUUGCGCGAAGAGUCAAAGUCAUUUCUCUAAAACCUCUGAUAGGUGGGCCUUGGAGGAAACGCCGCGGAGCACCGCAAGAUUCGGAAACGCAUUCCUGGGUGUCUGCUUGGGAGAGACAGAAGUUGGCGCUUCUGUGCGCGAAGAUGAGGAGAGGGCAGUAAACCAGCGGGAAGAGCCCCGAAGCACAGUUCCGGUGUGAGACAGAGAUGGCUGGCCGGAGGGGGUGAACACCGUGAGGGGAGACGGCUUUCCGCCCUCAUCCCGCUUAGUUCAGCCCCAGCCCCCGAGCCAGGCCUGCGGAAUGCGCCCUUAGACGCCAUGGACGGAGCCCACAGCGCGGCCCUGCACCUGCAGCAGCUCCCGCCCACCAGCAGCACCAGCCCCGCGAGCCAGGGCUCCUUCUCCUACAAGGAAAACCUGAUCGGCGCCCUGUUGGCGAUUUUCGGGCACCUCGUGGUCAGCAUUGCGCUUAACCUCCAGAAGUACUGCCACAUCCGGCUGGCGGGCUCCAAGGACCCCCGGGCCUAUUUCAAGACCAAGACAUGGUGGCUGGGCCUGUUCCUGAUGCUGCUGGGCGAGCUGGGCGUGUUUGCCUCCUACGCCUUCGCUCCGCUCUCGCUGAUCGUGCCCCUUGGCGCAGUCUCCGUGAUCGCUAGCGCCAUCAUAGGAAUCAUAUUCAUCAAAGAAAAAUGGAAACCUAAGGACUUUCUGAGGCGCUACAUCUUGUCCUUCGUUGGCUGCGGGUUGGCUGUGGUGGGCACCUACCUGCUGGUGACGUUCGCACCCAACAGUCACGAGAAGAUGACCGGCGAGAACAUCACCAGGCACCUCGUGAGCUGGCCUUUCCUCCUGUACAUGCUCGUGGAGAUCAUUCUGUUCUGCUUGCUGCUGUACUUCUACAAGGAAAAGAACGCCAACAACAUCGUCGUGAUUCUCCUCUUGGUGGCGUUACUCGGCUCGAUGACGGUGGUGACAGUGAAGGCCGUGGCCGGGAUGCUCGUCUUGUCCAUCCAGGGGAACCUGCAGCUCAACUACCCCAUCUUCUACGUGAUGCUCGUGUGCAUGGUGGCAACCGCCGUCUACCAAGCCACGUUCUUAACUCAAGCCUCACAGAUGUACGACUCCUCUCUGAUUGCCAGCGUGGGCUACAUUCUGUCCACCACCGUCGCCAUCACCGCAGGAGCGGUGUUCUACCUGGACUUCCUCGGCGAGGACGCGCUGCACAUCUGCAUGUUUGCGCUGGGGUGCCUCAUCGCAUUCUUCGGCGUCUUCUUAAUCACGCGGAACAGGAAGAAGGCCGUUCCAUUUGAGCCCUAUAUUUCCAUGGACGCCAUGCCAGGUCUGCAGAACAUGCAUGACAAGGGGAUGGCCGUCCAGCCCGACCUCAAAGCUUCUUUCUCCUACGGGGCGCUGGAAAACAACGACAACAUCUCCGAGAUCUAUGCUCCCGCCACCCUGCCCGUCAUGCAAGAAGAACACGGCUCCAGGGGCGCCUCCGGCGUUCCCUACCGAGUCCUGGAGCACACCAAGAAGGAGUGAGCCUGCCUCGAAGGGGACCUACCUCCCCUCCACUUACAGCUGCUCACGCCGUGCUGUCGGUGGUCUGGCUCCCAGUUCUAAAACUUGCCUUUCGAGUCUAAUCUUUGUAAACCGGGAACUGUGCGGAUGGGGAUCUUGAGGAGGCUUUGUCUCUGGCAGAGGAUGUUACCUUGGUCUUGGAAAUUUCAAAGGUUGGGGGGGAGGGGGGAGGACGGAAGCAGGAUUCCAGGUGGGUGGUGUGGUGUUCAGCUGCUGCCUGGUGAGCCAAGCCGGACUUGGGAAGCCUUCAUGGUCCUCGAGGUCGGUGACUGCGCUUCCCCAGUCUCGGACCAAAGGCUGCCACGUGCUCCAGAGCUAAAGCGAGGCAGGGAGCCUGUGCUUCCUCUCCAAGUCCAGGGAAAGGCUGCAGACCUCUAAAUCUAUCUAAUCUUUCCCCACCUCGAGCACAGGCCUGCCCUCUGCCCGCUCACUCGUGCUUCCGUAUUUGUGAUAACAUUUGUGUCGCCUUCGCACGGCCCAGUGGGCCAGCCGUGGGCAGGACAUCCUGUCAUUCGCCGGUAGGAAAUGCACUUCUGCCUUCCCGGCGUCUGCCCUCCCCAGUGAAAAUGUGCUUGAUGUGUUUAUCGUGGAUCUGCUCUGAAAAGUAAUUUCGUUUUGGUUCUGUGAACUGUUUGCUUGCUUUCCCUCCCUGCCCCCAAAGGAACUGGGAAGUUCAGAGAAGAACGAGAAUAGGACAGGGGCAGAGAGAUGACACUUCAGCCCGCAAGGGAGGAAGAAUCCCUUUCCAUCCUGCAGAAUGGGAUCACAUCACUUAAAAAGAAUAGCUGGGAGUUCUGGCUGUUUUACAUGGAUCUUCCUGCACACCAGUGCCCUCUGGGAAGGUUGAGGGAGCUCGUUUCAGAAACGGCGUUGCUCACCUCCCUCCAGCCUCCUCACCUCGCCUGUAGGUCAGCGAACCAAGCUGGAGUUACUGCUUAAUUUCUCUGGAGUCGGCAGAGACGGUUUGGGUCCCCAUCCCCAUGGGGAUAUAUGUCUGGGAGAUGCACGCGAUCUCUGAAGUGGAGCUACAGCCUUCUUUCUGGCUGUAAACCCUCUUCCCCUAGACCGACUGUGAGUUUUCGAGAAUGGCGGGUAAAGGUUUGCAAACCUUCAUGAGCCUCAGGAUCCCCUAGGGAGUUUCCUUAAAAUGCAGAAUCCUACACCCCAACCACAGAUACUCCCAGUGGGACUGGGGUAGGGUCCAAGAGUCUGCAUGCUUAACUAACAGCACAGGUGGUUCUGAUGCAGGUAACCCAAGGAUCACACACCUUGAAAGCCUGAUGUUUGGGAUGAUCUGCUUUAAAAUGCCCAGGGCCGACGCACUCCUACUGGAAGGUUGGAGUUACCAUUCCUUGUCUCCUUCCUGGGGUUCAUCCGGCAGGUCAUGCAGUCCCCAAAGGACCAGAGGCGUGUCUCCGUUCAUUGAUUACCACUUAGAGCUAUACUUACUGCUUCCCUCGGCCGCCUUUAACCACCGGGCAAGAUAACAGUGUUAAAAGACCAGUGUUGAUAGCUCAUUAACCUUUAUGGAUUGUGCUUAAUACUGAUUUAGUACCUUGACUUCAGAAACUGACUGUUGCCUGUGGUAACCACUUCGGUAUUGCAUCUCAGCCACUUCUGCGCUGGGUCUUACAUGCCUAGGAGAGCAGUAGGCGAUGAAGGGCCUUGUUCCCUUGAGGAUAGGUAUCAGCUCCAUGCAACAGUAUUUAUGAGGCAUUCGUUCACUGUUUGUUAAGCAUCUGGAUGGUGAGAGCAAAAAGUAAGAAUGGUUCCUGCCCUCCAGGCCAGCAACUGGGGGAGACACAAAUACCCAGGAAGGGAACCGGCAGCGAAACCAGCAGGCCAGGCCAAGUGCAAUAGUGGACCACAGAAAAUGAGUUUCGGAGGCCCUGCUAAAGGUCAGGCCCUGAGCUCAGAACGAGUGAUCCAAAAUGGAGGUGCUUUUGGUCCCAUUCAUUGAUGAGCGGCAAACCCAGCAAAGUUUGGACAAAGCAUAGAAGGUGGCAUGGUCACCCCUACACCCCCCACCCCCAGGUGGAGGAGCCAGCAUUUGCAAAGGCACAGAGGGAAAUCACAGGAAGGGCGAGCCAGGGAGGGGGUGGGAGAUGAGCCCGGAAAAAGAAGCAUAGGAAGCCACAUCUCAGAGGGCCUUGAAUGUCUGGUGAGUUUAAAAUGACCCUAGAAGGCACGGGAGUCAUUGAUGGUUCGUGAGGAAGGAAACAGCAGGGUCAACACUGAUGGGAAAGGAGGCCUUAUGCAAUGUGGGAGAAGGGUCUGAAGGGACAAUAAAUGCCCUUUUCAAGGUCAAGCAGCAGUCCUGCAGGACAGAACACAAAAGAAGAAAUAAAACCGUUUCAUUGCUGUUCGGGGGACGAUGACAUCAACUUUCCACUCACAUCCCUGAAUCCUUAUGUCCUCUCAUGGCUCCGACAUUCCCCAGCCCUUUUGAAUGUUCCAAGCAACGUUAAAUAUCACGCCUCUCAUCUAUCUCCUCGCAGCCACGAAGUUAAACUUGGGUUUAAAUUUUUCCAUUGUUCUGUGGUCUUCCUCUCUGUACCCUUCUGACCCACUUGUUUAGAGGCCGGGAUUCUGGAUUCCCUGAUCAGAGAUCAGAACCAGCUCUUCGCAGAUGGGUUCCUGCGGGUUUUGACGAGAGCUCAGCGCCCCCACUUCUGACCCCUCCCAUGAAGCUCCGGGUCUGGUGACACCAUCCCAUUAAGCUUCAGGUCAUGUGGGGGCGUUGGAUGCUGGGUAGGGGAGCGGGGACUGACAUCCCUUUACUUUUCUGAUGGGAACCAGCCGGCUUGAUGUGGUGUGUGGAUACAAGGUGUCCGUCACGGCAGUGCUGGGGAGCCUCCACCCUGCAGCCUUGUGAAUUCUAAAUCUAGUCCAACACUGGCUGAUAAGCAAAAAGAAUUUAUUGUGUGUUUCUUUGAGAAGCCGUGUAAAUGAAGUCACCUUCGAACACAUUCUAUGUGGAUGCUUAUAUUUUGUUAACUUCUUGACUUAUUGUCUUAUUGGCAUGUCUUAUUUUUCAAAAAAAAAAUGUGCGUGCUAGGUGCAAAUAAAAUUAUGAAGUGGUAUUUAAUUUUAAAACAACCCACGUGAUA